UCAGCUGAUCAUUCAUCUUGCUAAUUGUUAAUAUAUUUUUACCAUUUUUUUUUUUUGCUUUAUAAAUUUAUUUUUAUUCUUUACCUUGAUUUUCAUUUGAUAAUUUGCCACAGGGGAUGAAUUAUUAAUCAAUUUUUAAUCAAUUAAACCAUUGGAGUCAAUAGUUAAUUUCAAUCUUUCUUUUGCUUGUGAAUCUUUUUCUCUCGUUUUUUAUUUAUUUAUUAUCAACAUUUCUUAUUGGAUUAAAUUGUUUUUAUGUGUCUUUCUUGGAUUAACUGUGAUUGGAAAAGUUUUUCAAUAGAUUAUAAUAUUUAUUAUCUUUGGAUUAAUACCUGUGCUUGUUUAUCUUAAACCAAGUGAAACAAAAAGUGAAACAUAUCAACAACAUUUCAAAUUAAUUGCAAUCAAACUAAUUAACUUGCUUAUUUGUUAAUUUGCUCGUUAUCACCACCAUCAUCAUAUACGAUUGAUUAAGUUAAUUGAUUGAAAUUAGAAAAGGAAGAAGAAGAAAAAAACAUAAACAAAUAGUGAGAGAGAGAGAAAGUGAAACUCGGUGGGAAUAAGUUACUAUCUCAAGGGAAUGAGACACUGAUUAAAGAGAGAGAGAGAGAGAGAGAGAGAGAGAGAGAGAGAGAGAGAUAAGAUAAAGAAAGAGAAAAAGAAAGAAAAAAAAUAUGAUAGUGAGAGAGGAACUUCGAUAUCGCCGAGGAACUGCCGUAGGCCCUUUUAUCCCGAAUCAUAAUUUACUAAAAAUACCUUUGGGUCGACCACGUAAGGCAAGUUUGCCGAUAAUUGCACCGUUGCGGUUGAUUGAUAAUAAUUUAUCAUCAUCAUCAACAACUCUAACAACAUCAUCAACUGCAUUACUGGAUUUACCUUUAUCAGGUAUCCCAUCAUCAACCACAACAGGUAGUGCAUCAGUAGUAACACCAUCAUCAUUUUUAUUAUCAUUACCAUCAUCAUCAUCAUUAGCAACAAGUAAUUCAACAGGCAACAAUAAUUAUUCCUCUUAUUAUGAUCGUACCUUUGGUUUAAAUUGUUAUUCAAGUGUCACUGAUGAUGAUUCAGAUUCUUCACCUGAUACAAUAUUGAUUGAAUCGGGUAAAAGGUUAAGUGCCGUUGGUCUUGCGUUUGGUCAACAUUUACAAACGAUGGCUCUUAAAUUGUCCACCAACAAUCAGGAUAUUGUGAAUAAAACUCGUAUUCUUUGUGCAAGAUAUGUGAGAACGAAAUUGGCCAAAAAGGGUUUACUCGAGAAACACUCUAAGCAAUUGAAUCGACUUCGAUCAAUGAGCAAUAUUGACUUUGAUCCACUUUUGGUUGACCUAAUGGAAGCGAUAAGUGACCUAAUCGAUGAGAUGGAUCGAAGAUCAUCAGGUCUUUUUGACUCUGCCAUUAAUCGAUCGGGUUCCAAUGUGUCCAUAUUAUCAACUUCGGGUCGAGCAUCAAUGGCAUUAACUAUUAUUUUCGAUGAAAUUUUUCGAGACUCAAUUAGUUGGCCUAAAAUCGCGGCCAUGUUUGGUGUAACCGGUGCACUUGCCGUUGAUUGUGCUUCCAAAGGUAAACAAGAUUAUCUGACCAGUUUGGUUGACACUGUGGGUAAAUACACUGAGGGUAAAGUGUCUCGGUGGAUUCAUAGUCAAGGUGGUUGGUCAAGUUUAAUUUAUUGUUACAAUAAAGGAUCAUCAUGGACUCGACCUCUUCAAUAUUUGGGUUUAAUUGCUGCUUUUUUCACUCUAAUUGUGAGCAUCAUUUGGUUUAGAUUUUAAAUUAUUUUAAAAUUAUCUCUUCCGUCUUGAUAACUCAAUUUAA